AACGAGAUGGCUGCUUCUUCUGUCUCGUCUACUUCAAGACGCAUCACACCCGAUAAUCAUGGCGCAUUGGUGACUCUCUUGACAUUCAUUUGGUUAAUUCUGAUGUGCCUUGUUGUUGUCGUCCAGUCGGUGAUCUUUCUUUUUUACAAGCAACGACGAAAUGCAGCGUACGCCUUGAUCUGGAUAGCCACUGUGGUUGCCAUUGCCCAGAGUGUUCUUGUCCAACUGUCUGUCGAGCAUGGGUUGGGCCAGCACAUCGUGGCUCUUUCGCCGGCGGACGUUGAGCGAUAUAGCAAGUUCCAUUACGCUUCUAAUAUUCUCUUCAUUGCGGUCCUCGCUAUUUCCAAGCUCUCCGUGGCUCUCCUGAUCCUCCAGUUGGCACCAGACAGACGAAUCCAUAUCGCCUGCUUUAUAACCCUUUCGUUGACCUUGGCGUGGACGCUGAUCUCAAUCUUCGGGCUUGCUUUUCACUGCAAACUGCCUCAGCCAUGGAUUUAUCUACCGCAUCGUUGUGCUGGUGCAGUCGAAUACCCCAUUGCCGUCUUGAACAUUCUCACCGACCUCGCGCUCAGCAUCAUCCCCUGCCUUUUGCUAUGGAAUGUUCAAGCGCUACGGGCAACGCGUUUUUGGGUUAUGUUGGCGUUUGACACACGCUUAUUGGUUGUAGGAUUGACCAUCGCAGAAAUGGUCUUUCUGCCUACAUAUCUGCAAUCUUCUGAUCCCACCUGUUCGAUAUCCCACUCUCAUCGACCCCAGCGUUGGAAAGACAUGACGCUGCUAACAUGUACAUGUCGCAGGGACCAUUCUCAUUCCUACUAUCUUCAGGGAGUUAAGAGUUGCCCUUCUCUCGAGUUUAUCACUCAGUCAAAACUUACUAACCGCCACAGAGUAAUGAUGAACAUCAGCAUCAUAGCCGCAUGUAUGCCUGCACUCUUCGCCAUCGUUUCGACCUUAAAUUCCGGUUUGAUGAAUGCGCAGUACCCCGAUCCGCUUGGCGCUCAAGGCACCGAGCUCGGCAGAGCGACCAAGGGGGCUUUAGGACAGGUCACCAAUGCCGGUUCAUCGUGCAGUGUAUCCACGGCUUCUGGUGCCAAAAGCAUGGGCAGCACUCGACGGCUGACCGAGGAUGGUCAUUCUGGGCGAGCGUUGUGGAUGUAGUACCGGGCAUUUCCUAGGGCACUGUAACGUCCAGAAUAUGCAUCACUUAUCCUGUAUCAGACCAUGUACAUCCUGCUCAUGUAGGGAAAAUUUGUUUGGAGUAGAGUAUGUGGUGGUAAUUGUUAGUACACGUGAGGUUCUGCCGUCCUAGACCGCCCUCGCUACCUAUCUCACGGCACAGGCAGGCCUACCUAGUAAUAUGACCAUACAUGCGCCUAUCC